UAUGCAUCAUUGCUCUUCAUUUGUAAUUCUCUCAUCUUUCUCCACUUCUAAAACUCAACACUUUUCACGAAAUCUCAGAUGAAGAAGAUCCCUUUAUCCUUCUCAGCUGCCUGUCACAUGCAUUAAAAACGAAGAAGGAAGUUGAAGCCAGAAUAAUCAAAACAAGCAAAGAAUUUGAAUAUGACAUAUGAUUCUUGGAUUACCUCUCUUUCAUGUUCAAAACCAAUUGCAUCAGACCAACUUUCAUCUUCACAUAUAUAUGAAUGGGCCAAAUUCAUUUUCCUUUCCCCAUGUCCUCAAAGAGCCCUGCUUUGUUUCAUUGAUUCCAUAUUCUUACUCGUAGUCUUUGGUAUCUUUCUUAAUCGCCUCGUGAGUAAACUCGUCUUGAGGAACUAUCAUGAUCCAAACAUAACGAAGACUUUCACAAGACCUAGAAACCGAGUUCAAGUUCCAAAUAAUAUUUGGUACAAACUAUCCUUCAUUGCAACAAUUUUGUUAGUAGUUGUUCAUUCACUAAUUACUAUCAUAGCCUUCAAUAAUACAAACAAUGCGUUACAAUGGAGGAUUGUAGAGAGAACAUUUGGGAUUAUUCAAGUGAUAACAUACAUGGUAAUUGUAGUCUUGAUUUCCCCUAAAAGGUCAGAGGCACCUGAACACCGAUUAUCCCUCCAAGUAUUUUGGAUUGUUAGCUUCUUGACCUAUGCAUUGUUUCUAGUUUCAGGGUUAAUACGUUUAAUAACCUUAGGAAAAGAAGCCUGGAGUUAUGAUUUGAGGUUGGAGGAUAUACUUUCCAUGAUAUCUUUUAUACUCUCAAUUGUUCUUCUUGUGGUUGGCUUUAGAUCAGGGUCGACAGGUGUGAUGGUCUUAAGACAAGAGGCUUCCGUAAUCAACGAUGGAACUUCAUUCAUUCAUCCACUAUUAGAGAAAACAUAUGUAAGUGAUUAUACAAAUGCGUCCUUAGUGUCCAAAGUCUUCUGGUUGUGGAUGAACCCAUUGCUUAGUAAAGGUUACAAAACGCCUCUUGGUGUUGAUGAUGUACCAUCUCUUUCACCUGAACAUGAAGCUGAAAAAUUAUCUUUGCUCUUUCAAUCUAAAUGGCCUAAGCCACAUGAAAAGUGCCAAAAUCCGAUUAGAACCACCCUUUUCAGGUGCUUCUGGAAAGAGCUUGCAUUCACCGCUUUGUUGUCAAUUAUUAGAAUAUGUGCCAUGUAUAUUGGUCCAUCUCUAAUACACAAAUUUAUUGAUUUCACUUUAAGUGUAAGAAGCUCCUCCUAUGAGGGGUACUGCCUGGUCCUCGUUCUCUUGCUUGGAAAAAUAUUAGAGGUGUUGACUUCACAUCAUUUCAACUUUAACUCUCAGAAGCUCGGGAUGCAAAUACGUUCUACCCUCAUUACCAAUUUGUACAAGAAAGGCCUAAAAUUAUCAUGCUCGGCCAGGCAAAGUCAUGGAGUUGGACAGAUUGUAAAUUACAUGAGUGUAGAUGCUCAACAACUCUCUGAUAUGAUGUUGCAUCUCCAUGCUGUUUGGCAAAUGCCUCUGCAAGUAUGUGUAGCAUUAGCUCUACUCUACAACUAUAUUGGUGCCGCUGUGGUCACUGCCUUGAUUGGAACUCUUGGGGUUCUCUUAUUUAUGUUGUUUUGUAUGAAAAGAGAAAGAAUUUUUCAAUUCAACGUGAUGAAGAAUCGGGACUCUCGAAUGAAGGCUACUAAUGAAAUGCUUAACUGUAUGCGAGUUAUCAAGUUUCAAGCAUGGGAACGACACUUUAACAAGCGCAUCCAAUCAUUUCGGGAAUCAGAAUUUAGUUGGUUAGCCAAGUUCUUGUAUUCAACUGCCACCAAUAUGGUAGUUUUGUGGUCCUUACCUUCAGUGGUAUCAACCCUCACAUUUGGCACCGCUAUAUUUUUCGGUGUCUCAUUCGAUGCUGCUACAGUUUUCACAACUACCACACUUUUUAAGAUGUUGCAGGAACCAAUUAGGACUUUCCCCCAAUCUAUGAUUUCAUUUUCACAAUCGAUUGUUUCACUCAGGAGACUGGACAAUUUUAUGACAAGUAGAGAAUUGAUGGAGGAUUCAGUGGAGCGAGUGGAGGACAAUGGUACUAUAGCAGUGGCGAUUAAAGAUGGGGUUUUUAGUUGGGAUGAGGAAGACGGAGAAGAGUUACUAAAAAACAUAAAUAUAAAGAUACAUAAAGGGAAGCUUGUCUCUGUUGUUGGUAUUGUUGGAUCAGGGAAGUCCUCUUUACUUGCCUCAAUCCUUGGUGAGAUGCACAAAAUUAAAGGCAAGGUAAAAGUUUGUGGCUCUACAGCGUAUGUAGCUCAGACGUCUUGGAUACAAAAUGGAACUAUUCAGGAUAAUAUUUUGUUUGGUUUGCCUAUCAACCAACACAAGUAUAGAAAUGUUUUAAGGGUUUGCUGCUUAGAAAAGGAUUUGGAAAUGAUGGAGUUCGGUGAUCAGACUGAGAUUGGAGAACGUGGCAUCAAUCUCAGUGGUGGGCAAAAGCAACGUAUACAACUUGCUAGAGCUGUCUAUCAAGAUUGUGAUAUUUAUCUGCUUGAUGACAUCUUCAGUGCUGUUGAUGCUCAUACCGGAUCAGUUAUUUUCAAGGAGUGUGUGAGAGGAACUCUUAGGGAGAAAACAGUUAUACUUGUAACCCAUCAAGUGGACUUUUUGCAUAAUGCUGAUCUUAUUUUGGUCAUGCGAGAUGGCACAAUUGUGCAAGGAGGAAAAUACGACAAUCUUUUAGAAUCAGGCACAGAAUUUCAUACCCUUGUAGCUGCACACGAGACUUAUAUGGAGCUCAUUGAAUCAGGCACCACCAUGGACCUUUUGAAAGCUUCACCCCGACAUAAAAGAUCUCCUAAAGUAUUGUCAAGUCAUGGUGAAGCCAAAAGGGAAAACAACUCUAUAAUAGAUUCGAACACUACAAAGGGUGAAUCUAGGCUGAUAGGAGAAGAAGAAAGAGAAACUGGAAAAGUCAGUUUGCAUGUCUACAAGGUUUACUGCACUGAGGCUUUUGGAUGGUGGGGUUUGGCGGCUGGUUUGUUCCUCGCUUUAUCAUGGCAAUCUUCUAUAAUGGUUGCUGAUUACUGGCUAGCUUAUGAAACCUCUGAAAAACGUGCAUCAUCUUUCAAUCCUUCUUUCUUUUUAAGUAUCUAUUCAAUUAUUACAGCUAUAUCAAUUGGAUUAGUUAUCUUUCGAUCCUUUUUCAUCAUGUAUUUUGGUCUAAAGACCUCCCAGAUUUUCUUCACCCAAAUUCUUCAUAGCAUUCUUCAUGCUCCCAUGUCAUUCUUCGACACUACUCCAUCAGGAAGGAUUUUAAGUCGGGUUUCUAGUGACCAGACCAAUGUUGAUGUGUUUGUGCCUCUAUUUAUGAACCUCGCACUUGCCAUGUACAUGACACUAUUAAGCAUCAUCAUUGUCACUUGUCAAUAUGCUUGGCCAACCGUGUUCCUCUUGAUUCCACUAGGGUGGUUAAAUAUGUGGUAUAGGGAUUACUAUCUUGCAACAUCACGUGAACUAACUCGUCUUGACUCAAUCACAAAAGCACCUGUUAUCCAUCACUUCUCAGAAAGCAUUUUGGGCUUUAUGACAAUCCGUUGUUUUGGAAAGCAAGAAGAAUUUAUUCGGGAAAAUGUGAAUCGGGUGAACAUAAAUCUUCGCAUGGACUUCCACAACAACGGGUCAAAUGAAUGGUUAGGCUUCCGUUUGGAACUUCUUGGGAGCUUGCUUCUUUGCACAUCAACACUAUUCAUGAUCCUCCUUCCACGCAACGUCAUUAAGCCAGAAAAUGUUGGUUUUUCACUUUCAUACGGGUUGUCCCUCAACUCGGUGUUGUUUUGGGCAAUAUACAUGAGCUGCUUUGUGGAGAAUAGAAUGGUUUCUGUUGAGAGAAUAAAGCAAUUGACUAAAAUCCCUUCAGAAGUUGCAUGGACUUACAAUGAUCAUGUUCCUCCACCAACUUGGCCAGCUCUAGGCAAUAUUGAGCUACAUAACUUGCAGGUCACAUAUAGACCUAAUGCUCCUCUUGUACUUAAGGGAAUAACAUUAAGUAUUAGAGGUGGAGAAAAAAUAGGCGUGGUUGGGAGGACAGGAAGCGGAAAAUCAACUUUGAUUCAAGUGUUCUUUAGGCUCAUCGAGCCCUCUAAUGGCAAAAUUAUUAUUGAUGAUAUAGACAUAUCAAUGGUAGGGCUCCAUGAUCUUAGGUCUCGAUUUGGGAUCAUCCCUCAGGAGCCUGUUCUUUUUGAAGGGACGGUAAGGAGCAACAUUGACCCUACUAGCCAGUACUCAGAAGACAAGAUCUGGAAGAGUCUGGAACGAUGCCAGCUUAGAGAUGUGGUAGCUUCAAAACCCGAAAAACUUGAUGCUCCUGUGGUUGAUAACGGAGAAAACUGGAGCGUGGGGCAGAGACAACUUCUUUGCUUAGGCCGAGUAUUGCUGAAGAAAAGCCAAGUUUUGUUUAUGGAUGAGGCAACUGCUUCAGUAGACCCUCAAACUGAUGCUGUGAUUCAAAAGAUUAUUAGAGAAGACUUUGCAGCUUGUACAAUAAUAAGCAUUGCUCAUAGAAUACCUACAGUUAUGGACUGUGAUAGAGUUCUUGUUAUUGAUGCAGGUAUAUUAUAUACUUGCUUCUUUUGGCCUUCAUCAGAAACUUACUACAGAUAUGUUUGCUUAUGUUAUGUUAAUCAUGAACAGGCAAAGCAAGGGAAUAUGAUCCCCCAUCACAUUUACUCGGGCGGCCAUCUCUGUUUGGAGCAUUGGUUCAAGAGUAUUCCAAUCGCUCGUCUGGAUUCUGAUACAUCCUAUGCUGUUAUAUGAAUCAGAUAUAUAGCUCGUAAUUGUUUGGGAUAUAAAACUUUAUUCUUCGGAAGAAAUGGUUGGUCAUAAUUUUGAGAUAAGAUCUCUUGCUAUGAUUCAUGGAAAAUUGACCUGCGUGGAACUGCUAUAAUAAUUAAGUUGGUUCAAACCAUCUUGGGGCAUGUAUUGGGGUUAUCUUUUUGGAUAUUGUGGAGAAGGGAUUGAAUGAGUGCUGUAGUAUGUAGCUAAUGCCCAAAAGAGUUGUAGUAGCUAACGUUGUAAUAGCUAAUUACUGGAAAGUAAUAGAACUAGAAUAUCGAGAAGGGAUUGAAUAAGUACAUUUUUAUCCCCUAUUCUAAAAAAAAAGCACGAACUACAGAACUAUUUAGUGUAAUAAAUAGUAAUCUUCAAGUUCAAAAGCAUCAACUCGAUGUAAUCAAAAACUAUAAUGCAUUCAAUUUCAGAGGAUGAAGCUUUAGCUUUCCCAAUGCAUUUGUCAAUAAGCAUGGCUGCAGUACAAAAUCAGUGCUCAAAAUUACAGACCAGAUGAGCGAUUUGCGUAUUCCUGUACUAGA